UACAUUAGCGGGAGGACGGUCGCCCACAUUCAUUUUCGCGUAUAGUAUUAAACGCCUAACUAUACUGUAAUCGUUACUUAUCAAACGUAAUUGUUUCUUUAUCUAUAUUAGUACAAAUUUCAUAUUUAAACCCUUGAUUGGGUGUAAACUGCUUGAUAAUACAUAUUAACUGUAUGCAAAGUUUUAUUAUCAUUCAAAUAGUAAUCAGUGAUUGUGGCUUCGGAUUUAUUUGUGAAAAAAAAAUAUUUGGCUGUACGCGAAAUUCCUUUGCACAUCUAUGGUGCAAGAAAUACUAUGCAGGGCUCUUUAUCAGAGUGAUAUGUCAACACGUAACACGGCCACAUCGUUCCGCGCUCGCCGCGGCCACAAGGAGCGGUCCAAGAACUUCACGGAGCUGGAGAAGCGGACAGUCCUCGAGCUGAUCGCCCACCACAGGGACGUGCUGCGACAGGGCCGCUCCAACAACGCUACUAACAGGAGCAAACAGUUGGUGUGGUCGACAAUAUGCGAGGAGGUGAACAAACGGUGCGGAGGCGACCGUCCCCGCACUCCCGCGCAGGUCAAGAUGUGGUACGAGAACUAUAAGAAGAAGUGUAAAAUGCGCGCACAUGACACACAGCAAUCGCAGUCGGAACCGCCGGGCCUGCUGGACGGCAUGCUCUGGCAGAACAUACACCCUCUAGACGUAAAAGACGAGGACGGCGAGCCGACUACGAGCGCGGACGGUGGCCACAGCGUGAAGGAUGACGACUGCGUGCCGGUCAACGUGAGUCCCGCACACUAUAUGUCAAACGGUCGACUAUCAAGUACGAACGAAAGCGAAGAUACGAUGCCGAACGUCCUCGAGCCCCAAGUACAAAUUAUCCCCCAAUCCUCGCCCACCCCACCCCCGCACAAACCGCUCCCCCUCACACCGCUCCCCAUCCCCCCAAUCCCCAUCCUCACGAACCCCCUUCAAGCAAUAGAACAAGCGAGAAUACAACAGAAUUUCUUACAAAAAUUAAACGAACUAUCAAAUACGCCAUUGAAUUUGAGUAAUUUAGAUGAUAUGAAGAGAAAAAAUGGUCAUGAAAGACAGGAGAAAUCGGAAGAUCAGAUGAAACACGAUUGUGGUACAGCUACGGAGGAGGAGAGGUUAUAUUUCACGGCCAAAAGACAACAUGCGAUAUGGGAGCAUGAAGCUAAAAUGAAAAUACUGAACAUGGAGCUAAGACAGAAAGAAGAAAUUUUUUCGUUGCAAAAACAACUGUUUCUCAUCGAGUUACGGUUGAAAAUGGAUUUCCUUGAGAAGGCCGGCGCUAAAUGAUGGGAAAGCGCCGCCAAAGGAAACGUCGUCGAACCGUUUGUUUUUUUAAUUAAAAAAAAAACAACGAGCAAAGGAAAUGAGCCGCACAUCCGAGUGUAAUCUAGUUUUAAAAAGUGCCAUCUACCGUGUAGUUACCGAAUUAAUUCCUUUCAUUUUCAGUUUUGAGUAGUCAAACUACUAAAACGAUCCAUUAAAAAAUUAUAUAAAAUAAUGUUAUUUUUUAAUAAAAAAAAGGAGUUUGCAAUAAUACUUAAUACAGGGUAAAGGUACCAAUAGCUGUCCCAUACUGUUGGCCGGCUAUUGGUCCGUUUACCUUAUUGUGCACUGUGACGUUUGAAGGCCAAUCAGUCACGUUUGAGGCCAUAGGCCAGAGUCUAGGUCAAUAACAACGAGAUAUAAGCAAUAUUAAGAUAGAUGCCGCCUUAAGGCCUUAACUCUUAGUAUUUAAUAUAAAAAGUGGCCUUGUUUGGCCUUCUUUAAAUUGAAAUUACUCUAAUGUUAAGGCCAAAUUAUAGACAAUUAGUCAACAGAGAUGUGUGGGCCUGGUACUAGGCCUAUUGGUCUAGCAUAGACUCUAAUCUAUGGACUCAAAAGGCCAAGUUUCAAUGUGAUUACGAAGUUAUUUUUGUAUUCGUUAUACAUUUGUCUAUAGCUUAUUUUUUAUGUUUUUUUUUUUUCGUUAGAAUAAGAAAAGUGCUUAAGUUCGUAAAACGCUGCGAUUUUUAUAGUAUUAUCUGUGGCAGCUCAUUGUUAAGCUGAAUGUGUCAAAUGUUGGUGUCUAUUAUCCCAAUUUAAUAUGCGAACAUUAUUUUUAUUAAAUAAUAUAAAGUCCCAGGUACGCAUUCCGUAUGACGUCAUCAGUACGCAUCGCAUGUAGGCAUUGCCGAUGAUGCGGUCCGUACGAUGCGGAUCAGUGGACGCAGUUGUAUGAGUUUCUAUACAAGACAAACUAAAAUCCGUUGCGUGCGAUACAUCCGAUGCGGGCCUGUGGACGGCUUACCUUAAAUGGUAGGCAAUGAGCAAUAAUAUAUUAAUAAAAUAUAGGACAAUAAACAUUUUUACCUCCAUAUUCGAACUGUAAAAUUGAAAAAAAAAACGCGCGGAACAUCAAUAUUUGAUACAUGACAGCUUGUUUAUUAAAACAAAAUACUGCCAAAAUGGAGUUUCGCAAAAGGUCUAUGAGAGUAGUACUUAGGGGCCGCAAGUCUGUCAUUAUUAUUCGUCAGGGGCAGCAAUUAUAUUCACGACAUAUUUUCAACAUUUUAACGGGAUAUUUACCAUGUUUAUUUAUGUCUAUGAGUUUCCGAUAUUUCGGCACUGUUGCAAGCGCCAUGAUCACGGAUGAACUGUAUUUAAACAUGGUAAAUAUCCCGUCUCAAGUUCUAAUGAUAGUGUUAGUGAGCAUGUCAGUUUAAAAAUCUUAUAAUUUUAACGAGAAUUACAUACUUUAGUCGAGUUUUAAAAAAAUCGACUAAAUGGAGCUUGGGUGUGUUUUUAAAAGUAUUUCGUGAAUGUAGUUGUGUUUCGAAGACGAUUCAAACAUCGUAUCAGUUAAUAACGGUGGCCGUGUCGUUUACAAACGUUGUUGAAUUAUUUUUUACGCGUAGUGUUGUACUCAUAUCGAUAAGGAUUCGAUUUUUAUCGAUACUUUUCACACAUGCUGAAAACAGCUGGAUUUGGUUUCAACGUGCUCAAUGCUUUUUAGCGGCGUUUGUGAACGAUACGAAGGUAUUUAACCUAGUCUUAAAAUUGUAUUUUCUGUGUGGAAUAGUUAUUGUACCAAAGAGAUUCGAACUUUAUCAGUAUUUUAACAAUCUAUGUAUUAUUUAAAGAAAAAAAUAUUUUAAAAAAGACAUCUAAGUGUUGCCAAUUUCGGAAUUCAUAAAUUCUUGCCAUCCUUCAAGUAUUAUUUAUUGUUUUAUCUAAAUUCUUAGUUCGAACUCUUUGGUAGUACCGCAUCUUAUACGGUCAAGUUAAGGUUUGUGAUAUUUAUUAUGGCUGCGGAUCGGUGAUAUUUGAAAACGGGCGUUAGUGUCUAUAUCUUAAGAUAUAAAUUCCUUUAACGCCGCGGAAGCACCGUAGUCGAUGCGGCUCUAACUAGUCCACACAUCAUUUCGAGUCAAUGACGUGCCAAUAAUCGAAAACCAUUGUUAAUAAUAAUAAUUAAUAGUUAUUACAUAUAUAAGAUAUUGUUAUAAUAGAUAUUUAGAUACGUAAUGGAAAUUAGACAAACAAUUAUUAUUGGACAGUAUGAUGAUAUUAUUAAUAUUAAUAACUUAGACAGGAAAUAUAAAUACAGUACAAAGACUUCGGUACGAAGUCGUUACCUCAGUGCAGUGUAUUGUAAAUAAAUAAAUACUAGGCUUAGAUGUAAAAUAUAAAGUUUUAGAAAUUUUUUAUACGAGGGCGACUUACACCUUCAAAUUUUCAUGAUUUUCGCAAACAAACUACCUUGCCAGAUCUAAAUUUUAUUAUUAACACCCUCUAUCUGGCAAUACUAAAGUUUCAAACGUGUAAAUAUAUUUUUUAUUUGAUUUUAGUUAGAUUUCCGAUCGAUAUGGCAAUAAUAGGUGUAAGCACCUCAAAAACAUGGCAAUACUUUUUAAAAUAUUUUAAAAUGGCAAUGUAACAUUGUGAUGUAUUUUACGAUCUCAAUACAGAUUAAAAAAGAUAUUUUUUUUACCUCCGACAAAACUGUAAAAAUUUUAGAAAGGAAACUUGCAAUUGUAUGAAAUACAUUCUUUUUUAUUCGAAGCGACUACGUUAAUCUGAUAAAAUUGGAUAUUAUUAAAAUAAAGAAUUUAUUUUCUGUUC